AUGAAAGUUGAUGGUGCCUGCGCAUUUACGCCUAAAGUAGUGGCUUGUGGUGGCCUUAUACAUAAUUCUCAAGGAGCUUUUAUAGCAGGCUUCAUGUAUCAGAUGGGAGACGAUAAUCAUCUCUUCGCUGAAUUAUGGGUGUGUUAUGGUUUGAGAUUGGCCUGGAAUAUGGGUUAUCGUAAGAUUAUUCUAGAGUCAAACUCAACUGAAGCUCUAAGGUUGAUUGUUCAUGCUGAAAAUCCUGAGCACAUGGACUUUGGGGUCAUUAUGGAAGUCAAGCAUCUUAUGGGCAGAAAUUGGAAGGUAGAUACCAAGCGUAUUGUUCGUGAUCGUAAUAAAUCAGUAGAUUUCUUGGCUAAGUAG